ACUCGGAGUUGGUGUUUCUCCCUUUCUUUCUUCUCACCACAAAAAAAGACAUGCUUGAUCAAGUGAACAUCAUACCCAUCACAGUAGUUGCAGCUGCUGUUCUUUUAAUAUUAACAGUUUUGGUUGGCUUUGUGUUUAAACGAAAAUCAUCUAAAACGACCAUCCUGUUACUUGGAGCAACUGAUGCUGGCAAAACAGCUUUAUAUACUCGAUUGCGGUUUGGUAAAAAAGCACAAACUGUCACUUCGAUGAAGGAAAACGAAGGAUUGCUUACUCUUGAGAAUAAGACAUUUGAUUUGGUGGAUAUGCCUGGCCAUGAACGCGUCCGAUUUCGAUACGUUGAUUAUUUGCCUGUAGCACGGGCCAUCGUCUUUGUCGUGGAUAGCACGACUGUGGCACGUCAGAUCCGGGUCGUUGGCGAGUACUUGUAUAACGUGCUGGCGCAACAACAAGUUCAAAAAGAACGUAUUCCCAUCCUGAUUGCUUGUAACAAGACCGAUUUGAUCACUGCCUUGCCUCAAGAAAAGAUCCAAGAACGUCUUGAAGUUGAAAUUAAUCGGUUGCGAAGCACACGUACGGCUGCUGUUGAACAACAGGAGACGAGCUUGGACGAUGAGCAAGAAGCUUACUUGGGUUAUGAAGGAGAGAAGUUCAAGUUCGAACAUUUGGAUAAUGAUGUGCAGUUUGAAACGUGCUCGGUAGAAAAGGAUGCGUUGGAUAAGGUUGUGGAUUGGAUCAUACACAUUUAAAAAGUAGUAGGAGACCGAGACCUUCUCUUGUAUAUAAUAUAAUAACGCUUUGAUAUAUGUGAUUU